GCGUCUGUUUUUGAAAAUGUGUUGUGUACAAAUUUCAUGUCCAUCCUGGUUGAUUCUUUGCCAGCUACAGUAUUACGAUAAGUGAAAUAUAACAAUUUAUAUAAAGAAAUUGAGCAAAAUAGUGUUGACCAAUCUGCCUAGCUAACUACGGGAUCAUGUGCAGUUGAAACGUAUGGCAUACGUGCACAAACUAUUUGAACUAACUUGAAAUAUACUGUGUGUUCCAGUUCUGUGUCAUCCCUGAUCGGAGUCUCCAGCCAUGAAGCCACCUUCCCGUCGGCGAGAAUUACCGCAGCGUUUCACGCGGCAACAGCCUGAGCGCCUCAAAGUUCGUGGUGACUGGUGUGGAUGGAGUCGGGCCGAGAGGCGUCGGCUGAUGGUUGAACUCAGAAAGCAGUCUUGCAAGCCUGAAUUAGACAUUAAUAUCCUAAAGGAGAAACUCCCAAAGCGGUCUGCGAUAGAGAUCACCAGCUUCCUGCAAAAACUGAAGAGUCGUGUUGGGAAGAUGGUGGCCACCUAUGUUCAACGCCAGCUACGGCAGGAGCGGUUGGCCCGGGUACCCGCACAGCUGUGGGAGAAGCUUGCACAGGACAUGACUGGCUCAAUGGAAGAGGCCAUCUCUUCUGCUUUCUCUCAGAUGUUGGUGAUUGGAGCUACAGAGCCUUGCAGCCUCUUACAUUCCUUACCUCCAUGUUCCCUCGACUCCUCUGUGUCCUCAAGUUCUGGUCUGCGCACCAUUAGCCGGAAAUCUUUGUCCAGAUCUGCUUCCCCAAAGGCAGUCAGCCCAAGCCUUGAGAGCCCCGCUCAGGGGAAGCCGUGCUCCUCCUCCACCAAUCAGCAGCCUGAACCAGCCCAGCAGACAUUCCUGAGCCGUUUGAGCAAGUCGGAACACACUGUGAAUUUUGAAAACAUUUAUCGAUUUUUAAAUGCGCUCAGCAAGAAGGUGAAAGAGCCCACUCUCACUGCUAUGGAGAGUGGAGUGGUAUUAGACCUGCUGUUAUCCUUACCAGAAGAGCUCCCUCUGCUCGACUGCCAGGAACUGCAGCAUCAUCUGUGCCAGAUACAUGCACGGCUCAAUGCAACUGCAGAGGAGCCACAUCCCUGCAGCAGACUGGGCUCUAAUCCAAUCAGUCCAUCUGUUGUUCACAUGGCUGCUUCAGAGAGAGAUGUGCAAACAGAGGACAAUUCUACCAAUAAGCAACAUGGACAAACUGAUGUGUCAAAAUCGUCAGAUAUCUUGGUCUCUGAGUUGGUUGGUGAUGGAGCCUCCUGUUCCAAUGGGGAUGAAGAUGCUGGCCUUUCAUCAAAGAACUCUCUAGAUGAAACCAAUCAGAAGGACGGUGGAAAGGACAGAGCUGCAAAAGGAAGCCUAGGACCACAAAGAGAUUCUUUGGCUAAUGCUGGCACUAUGACAAUGCAGGUCCAGACAGAGGCCAACCAAAGUACCCCUACAUCACCUCCAAGCCCUAGGACAGACAAAGCCAACUGGGCAACUGUGGGACUCUGCCCAAUGAAUCCCUUCAUGAUUCCUCUUAAGCUACUGGCACAGUCUGCAACUCCACAUAUGGAAGAUGUCCCUUAGCUCCAGUUUUCAUGUAUUGUAAUCUAACAUGCCAGCCAGAUGUCCAUGUCAGACUAAUUGAGUAUUGAAUUCCAGUCAAGUAUGAAGGACUUGUUCCUCUUCUAGGCAUUCACAAUAUUUGGUUGUUGAGUCAUUGUGUUUAAUUUUUCUAAAUAUUAAAGAUAAUUUUAAUGUGAAAA